AUGCUGAACUUAACGUUCUUUGAUGACGACGGAAGCUUUUGUCGCAUCCAGGAAGCCUUCACCGUUGCCUCGGUGAUCAACCCGCUGAUGGCCAUAGGCAAGCUGUUUCGAGAAGGCUGGGAGUUGCGAGUGAACGAAGAAGAAGGUAUGUGUCUUACAGAUGGAAGCUCAAGAAUACCAGUGCAUCUCCACAAGAACAGCUUGGCAGCCUACGCCUACGUACAAACUCCUUCAAGAAGCAGAAGUUACAGCAGUAACAACUACAAGAUGGUUCGGACAGUUGUUCAGCUCAACAAGCACGUUCAGGAAGCAGUGAACAAAGAAGAACCUGGUUGGCACAACACAGACAGCAUGGUGAUCGUCAAGUACGCCACUCAAAGCAGCUACGAGAACCCAUCUCUCAUGUAUAGCCCUACGCACUUUCCGUACAGAAGCACUUUGGUGAAAGAAGAGAGAGGAUGGAGAGCAGUUGAAGUUUCAAAGAAGUACUCCGAGAAGGCAGACCCUUUUGAAGAGUUUGCAGAAGGAGAAAAGGAAGUGGUUACAGCCAUUUCAGCAAAGCCAAUUCCACUUUGGAUCCUUGGCACCCCUUAUGCAGCUGGAGACCGAGCAGAGCAAGAAAGUCAUGGUCGUGACUACUGGAAAAUGGACCUCGAGAAGGGAGAAGUUGUUCGUCACCACGUAGUACCGAGAACUGUACUGUUUGACCCGACAGGAGUUGCCAACUGUCCUGUCCUCCUUGGAGAUCUUGAGAACAGCAGGUAUACCCAAGGAGACUGCAUCUACAGUACGGAGAUCUACGAACACAGCGACGACUGGAGAGCAGACCGCCUACCUCUACGUGAACACUUUCGUUUGCCGUGGUUUGGUCAAACAAGGUUCCGUGUGAAGCCAGAAGUUGUUGAAGACCUAAAAGCAGAAGCUGCAGCAGAGGAGCUAAAGAAGAAGAAGGAAGAACACUACAAAGAGAAGGAAGAUUCAGCAGCACCACCAGAAGCGCAGGAGAGUAAAGACGAAGAGAUGAGAGAGGCACCAGCAGACCAAGAAGCACCACAAGAAGUUGUUGAAGUUUUGGAGGAAAGCUUCUACCACGAAGGCGUCGAGUACACAGCGCAGAAAAGCAGUCUUAAGGAACUACAAGCACUUUGCAGAGAGUACAGAGUGAAGACAACAGGAAGCAAGAAGCAGCUCUUGAAGAGACUCGCCACAGCAGUCAGAGAAGAAAGGCUCAGCACGCAACACAAGGAACAACGGGAACACCAUCAAGCAUACCACCUAGCACCACCACAGGAACCAACGGAAGAGGAGAGAGCGUACCACAACUUGACGCACCUUCCGUAUCAGCCUUGGUGUCCCCAUUGCGUUGCUAUGAAAGCACGAGAAGACAACCACAAGAAAGGAUUGAGCAAGCCAAGCAGCUCUACGGAUUCCGCGAAGCCCGUCAUCAGUUUUGACUUUUGCUAUACAAGCACCACAGGAAGUGAAGAGCCACCAGCAGUGACUCUUGUCGCUGUGGACAGCUGGAGCAAGGCAGUCUUGGCGGUGCCCUGCAAGAGGAAAGGAGGAGCAGGAAGCACAACGCACCUCGCGGAAGCACUCGUGCAGUUCACCACGCAGCUCGGGUACAACACCCUCGUUCUCAAAGCAGACAACGAGAACGCAGCCAAAGCACUCAAGGACAAAGUACAGAAAGUACGCAGCAGCCUUGGACUUUCUACAACACUACAGGAAAGCAUUCCUUACGACCACGAAAGCAAUGGAGCCGCAGAAAGAGCAAUACAGACAGUACGGAGGCAAGCGAACACCAUUCUCGAUGAACUCAGAGAAAGAACACAGCUGGCAAUACCACACGAGCACGCAGUAGUAAGCUGGGCGUUUAGACACGCCUGCUGGCUACUCAACAGGUUCGCAGUGAGCAGCUCCACAGGAAGAACGCCACAGGAAGUUAUCCACGGAUACCCCUACUCAGGGAAACUUGUACCCUUUGGUACUGUUGUGAUGGCGAAGAGGUUGAAGAUCAAGAAGAAAGGUGACAGGAUAUGGAAUGCAGGAAUAUUUUUAGACAAGACAGAGCAAGACACAUGGAUCGUUGCACAGCCUGAUGGCAUACAUAUCACACGCAGCGUGAGACCACUACCAGAACAGUACGACUCCAAAAGAACAAGCAACAUAGAGGUCCAUACCUGGAACCUCAACACGCCACUCCUUGGAGCAAGAGUACUUCCAGAGAAGAAGCAAAGACAACGACCACAGCUAAGCAUCCUGCCCCCUGUUGCCGAGGAAGAACGCGAACAGCUCGAGAACGACGAGGCCGCUAGCGACCCUCCGAGUUCGGAGGACAGCAGUGAAGAGCAGCAACAAGCACUUGAAGACAGAGAGGAACAAAGUGAAGCCAGCAGCAUGAGUGUGACGAGAGAUAGGAAAAGAAGAGCUGAAGUUGAUGACGAGACCCUUUUGGAGGAACUCAGAGCAGUCGAGCCACUUACAGCCUCAGCAGAAGCACUUUCAGCACCAGCUGAACCAAGAGCGGAAGCAAGCAAGCACAGCCUUGAGCCUGAGGAACCAAGCUCACCCAGCAAGCUACGAAAGCAAGUCAACAGAGCAGAGGAAACAGACGGUUACCUCAACAUGCCACAUGAUGAUGAAGUCUACGAAGCAGAUGAUGAGUUUGUGUACGAGUCGGAAGAAGAAGAAGAGGAGGAGACAGAGAGUGAACCAACGGAAGUUUCUACCAAGGUCCCUGUCGAGUUCUUCGACGAGGAGAAAGGACCACCGAACGUGGAUCCGGCUUUUCUUCAGAAGUUGGACGAUGAAGCUACAGUCAAAGAAAUCAAAAGGUUAACAAAGAUGGGAGUUAUUUCGUUGGUUUCUACAGACCCUCAGGAAGCAACUGAUAGCGUACCUCUGGUAGAUUCAGAGCAAGAACUUCACAAGUGGUUGACAACGAAGUUGGUGAAAGAUUGGAGGUUCAGAGAAGCUACAGGUUUUGAAGCUGAAGAAGCCAAAGAAGGAACAACAAAGCCCAAGCAGAUUCAAAGAUGCUGGCAACGACGAAUUACAAAACUGGUGCCCAUGUUGGCUCUCGCCAACCAUUGGGCGAUCUACAGUGUCGACGUGAAGGACGCGUUUCUACAAGUCAACGCGACGCAUCCAGUCUUUGGUCAGACUUUUGUGAUGGUCUUUUGGUGGAAGAGAAGUUUGAGCGUUGCACUGCAGUUCCAGCACUUUACCGUCUUCUACGACAAGGUGAACUACGACGUGGACUCCUUCGACGAGGCAAAGAAAGAAGUGACAGAGAGAGCAGAGAAGUUGAAGAAGGAGGAAGAAAACCUGGAGAAGGAGAAGGAGCAGUUUGGAAACCAGAAGACAGAGUUUGAGGAGACAGUGAAAAGGUUUUUGAAGAAGCAGAAGGAGGUGAAGGAAAAGGAAGACAAAGUUACAGAAAGAGAAGAGAAGUUAGAGAAAGACCGAGAGACCCUCCAAGGACAAGCUAAGGUCUUAAGCGAGAAGGAGACAGCCCUUGAAGAAGCUGAGGAGAACGUCAAAGCAAAGGAAGCAGAGGUUGAGAAGAAGAAGAAAGAGGCAGAGAAGAGAGAGAGAAAAGCCCAGGAAAGAACCGCCGGCUACGACCAGGAGAGAGAAGAGUACGCCAAGAAGUACGUUGACGACGCAAAGAAGGACUUGGAGAGAGAGCUUAAAGUGCUAAAGCAAGAAGAGAAAGUAAGGAACCAGAAGCUCGACGACCUCCAGUACGACUACAAGAGCCUCAAGGACGACUACCAGUACUUCAAAGGUUACUCACAGGAAGUGGACGCACUUCUACUUGCAGCUAAGGACAAGAUCGUGAAGUACAAGAAGAAGGUCAAAAGCCUCAAGGAAACCUUAGGUGCAACCUUGUCUGGAAGCGAAGGUGAAGAAGAGACAGAAGAAGCGUACAAGAGCAAAGCAGAAGAAGAGAAAGAGAAGAAAGAAGCGCAGGCAAAAGAGGAAGAGAAGAAGAAAGGAAAAAGGCCAAAGCAGGUAGAGACAGAAGACCAAGAAGAGAAGCCGUCAAGCAACCAAGGAGACGAAGCUACCGUCGACCCGAACGACAUAGCCGAGUUCACGCAGCUUGGCUACGUGUGGGAGUUCAACAAGAAGACGCAAGAGUACCGCGCGAAGUGUGAAGACAAGAAAGGUGCAGCGAGAAUCAAGAAUGCGCCUGUCAAGGGACGCAUGCUCUGGAACAAGGUGACAGAGGGUUACAGGAAGCACAACGUUUGGUUUACAGACGGAAAGGAGUUGGAUAAAUUCCUCGAGACCAAGGAGAACGAGAAGAUCGAGGAAGAGGUGCAGCGACGCAUCCACGCGAAAGGCAAGCACGACAACCAAGGAACGAAGGGAAAAGGCCCUUCCUGGGACGACGGACAGAGCGACGGUUGGUACUACAACGAGCAGUGGAACAACGAGAACUGGAGCACCACCGACGACGGCAGCAACUGGUACGAGAACGCGAACCCGCACAACAAAGGCUACUGGCAGACGCCAGAAGAGUGGGCGCAGCAGAACCAGUGGGACCAGUGGACACCCAAAGGAAAGGGUAAAGGCAAGAAGUCCAAGAACUGGGCACAGACCCAGUGA